CUGAGUGUGUGGCGAGCUGCGAGUGAUGGCGAGUCAUGCGGUGUGCUGAGGGCCCGGGGCCGGCGAGGGCCUGGCGGCUGUAGACAUGUGGGCCCUGGCGCUGCUGCUGGUCGCUGGCAUCCGGCCUGCCCACUCCGCGCCCGGCGGCGGAAGCAUGUUCGGGGAUGUCAACAUCUCGGCCAUCCUCGACUCGUUCAGCGUCAGCUACGACAAAAGAAUAAGACCCAACUACGGAGGUACUCCAGUCGAGGUCGGCAUCACCAUGUACGUGCUGAGUAUCAGCUCCCUCUCUGAAGUGCAAAUGGACUUCACCCUCGACUUCUACUUCCGCCAGUUCUGGACGGAUCCGCGACUGGCCUUCCGCAAGCGCCCCGGCGUCGAGACGCUGUCCGUCGGCUCCGAAUUCAUCAAGAACAUCUGGGUGCCCGACACGUUCUUCGUCAACGAAAAGAAGUCCUACUUCCACAUCGCGACCACCAGCAACGAGUUCAUCCGCGUCCACCACUCGGGUAGCAUCACGAGGAGCAUCCGUUUGACCAUCACCGCAUCUUGUCCCAUGAAUCUGCAAUAUUUCCCCAUGGACAGACAACUCUGCCACAUUGAGAUUGAGAGCUUUGGUUAUACUAUGCGGGACAUCCGCUAUAAGUGGAACGAGGGACCCAACUCUGUGGGCGUGUCCAACGAGGUGUCACUCCCUCAGUUCAAAGUGUUGGGACACCGUCAGAGAGCUAUGGAGAUAAGUCUGACCACAGGCAACUACUCGCGCCUCGCUUGCGAGAUACAGUUCGUGCGCUCCAUGGGCUACUACCUCAUCCAGAUAUACAUCCCGUCGGGCCUGAUCGUGAUCAUCUCGUGGGUCAGCUUCUGGCUGAACCGCAACGCGACGCCAGCGCGCGUGUCGCUGGGCGUCACUACGGUGCUGACGAUGACAACGCUCAUGUCGUCCACCAACGCCGCGCUGCCCAAGAUCUCCUACGUCAAGUCCAUCGACGUGUACCUGGGCACGUGCUUCGUCAUGGUGUUCGCGUCGCUGCUCGAAUACGCGACGGUCGGCUACAUGGCCAAGAGGAUCCAGAUGCGGAAAAACCGGUUCCUCGCCAUCCAGAAGAUCGCGGAGCAGAAGAAGGCGGGUCUGGACGCGGCGCACGCCCCGUCUCCCGGGCCGCCCGGGGACAGCGACCACGCGCCCAAGCAGACAGAGGUGCGGUUCAAGGCGCACGCAAAAGGCGGCACCCUGGAGAACACGGUGAACGGGCGAGCGGAUGAGGAGGUGGGCAGCGGGCCACCAGGGUUAGCAGCCCUGCCCAAGCACAUCUUGAAGCCAGGGAAGGACUACAACAAGAUGUACGGCAUCACGCCCAGCGACAUCGACAAGUACUCGCGCAUCAUGUUCCCCGUCUGCUUCAUCUGCUUCAACCUCAUGUACUGGAUCAUCUACCUGCACAUCAGCGACGUGGUGGCUGACGACCUCGUCAUGCUGGACGAGGACAAGUGAGGUGCCACCUUGCCCCAUUCUAAACUGACUAUACUGCGCGUGAGUGCGCUAAGAGCUGACCUGUGGCUGUCCAAGUGUGUCAUGUAGGUGUGGAAAACAUUCAAAACAAAGCCUUCUUUCAGUUAGGAAAAUAUAUCAAACUAGAUUAAAGAAAUGAACGGACAAUUUUUCAAGGACAUCCAAUGUGCAGUGUGGUAUUCUUAUAUUUAGCUAAAAGGUUGAUAGAAAAUCAAAAUGCAUAGCACAAAAACUUUGAAUGUAUGGGCUAUUUAUGGGUUAGAAGUUACCAAUAGAAUUUCAUCUCAACAACAUAUAAAACUUACGCAUAUACCGGCGCAGGAGAUAUUACGUGAAACUCGGAAAUGUUUACCGAACUAUAUUUACAUCUCUGCACGAAAUAGACCUUUAUUUUGAAAUAACGUAAGAUAGCACAGAGUUGAAUUCCAGCAAAAAUAUCUCCGUAGUUAUGUAAUGUUAAAUGCCACACACACGAGAACACACACUCCUUUUUAUACAUGAGGUUAGUCCCCUCAGCCAUGCAUUACAUACGAACUAAUUUAAUAUAAGACUAGCAAACCAAAUAUCGUGUUCUGUGUAAUCUCCAGUCAUUUUCCUGGUGUGGUGCUUGCCCUGGACUGCGUGCUACAUCUAGCAUUGAGAUAUGAACACUGUAACUUGCAGUGUGGCUCAACUCCUGCUUCUCUCUUCGCGCAGAAGCUAUGCAUGUGCUUGUCGGUCGUAACACCACUACCUACAGCCUCUAUUACAAUGGAUAACACUACUAGCUUCUCACUGGCAAAAUUAGUGAUUUUGAAUAAGUACGUUUCAAUGACAGCCAGUGAGUGACACUGUGCCAUAAAAGUUAUCUUACCCACUUAACAGAGCUUCAGCAUUUAUUUAUAUUCACAUUUUUCCCCAUUUUCUAAUAUAACUAAACUUUCUCACGAUAACUAAAUUAGAACAUUUUCUCUCCAUUACAAGUCUUUGCAAGCAACCACUAAACACACAGCAAUUAAAUUAGCUAGACAUGUUACACACAACUGUUUUCCUAGCAAGAGAGUAAAUUACUACGCAGGAAGAGAGGAAAGUACCCAGCCCAGUCUUCAGCUUUCCUUGCGGGAGGACGCAAGUAGUUAGUACUAGCAGCACUACUACAUCAAGCAAGUCUGAAGCAAGGAAAUUAUUCAUUAGUAUCUAGUAACCUCACCCAGUUUGAUUAGAAGUUAGCCAUUUAUUUGCCUUCCGUAACUCACUUUCUAGUAAUUACAAUAAAUCUGAGGGAAAUAACACUGUAUAAACCAAAAUAUCCUAAACUCUCUGUUGUACGAAACAAAUUUUUAUUAGCAGUGGUGAAUCAGGGAGGGAGAAAGGAGGAUAUGUCCCCCCCUAGGGUUAUAAAAAAAAUUGUGAUAUCUCGGUGAAGGCAAUGGUGUCAUGGGUGAUACAAAGUGAGUUGUUACACAAAAUAUAUUUUUUUCUUAAAUCCCCUCCCGGUAAAAAUGUUUGUAUCCACCACUUGUUUCUAAGUAAGAAACAAUAGCUUUUAAACGACAAAAAUUAGAAUACAAUUCCUAUCUUUUAGGUACAAUGUGAAAUACAAUUAUAAUGAACCCGUAAGGAAUAAAUAAAAAUAAAAAAUGACAAGUGAAGUUUUAGGCAUAAGUUAAGUUUUGAAGGUGUGAAUAUAAAAAAAGUUAUUCAACAUAUUCUUUAGUGAUCUGCAGCCCAGAAUGUUAAUAUUUGAAUGGAUGUGCUGUCCAAAACAUCAGCCAAAUACUCUACUGAUUUUUAAAAGACCAAACAUUGGUUGUACCAAUUCAUAUUCUGUGUUUACCAUUCUUGUUUUCUCAGAUUAUAAGUUUCUCCUUUUAUGUUUUUAAUUUUGGUUCUCUGUCAGUAUCUUCACAGCUACAGACAUGGCACAACACGCAUAUCACAUAUUUUUUUUCCAAUUUAACCUAAUGCAACAAGAUCUGUCUCAGAUGCAUAAAACUUUAACCAUAUACUAAUACAACUUUAUAUCAGUCUAGAUUUUAUUAGAAAGACAUGCACUUUCAGUAAUCAACAAGCGAACAGUUAUGUGAGUUGGUAGACUUUAUUUCUAGAUCCUUUUGGGAUGGAGAGACGCCUGCAUAAUGGCCUCAAGUGUGUCACAAUGUACAAGGAGUUUUACUUCCACUCGACACUUACAUGCUCGCACACAGGCAUGGAACUGCACGGUAGAAGCAUACCAUGACCUCAGUUGUGCCCGGUCAACGAUGCACAACUCGUGAUUGAUGGACAGCAGCUCCGACUCCGAUGCCCGUAUGCGCUAGCCGUUUGGGCAGUGUUUUUAUAGUAUCUUAAUUGUGGUUUUCACUUUCACUCACCCGGUCAAAUUCUUGUUAACAUAAUGGUCCUCUGUAUGAAAAUAAAUCCCAACAAAGAACAAACUCAUUCUUCAUCUCAACUUGUAGAUAGGAUGCCUGUUCCAGUCAGCAUGGUUUUCCUUAUCUAUUCAGAUAAUUCACUAUAGUUUUUUGAGAAGUAAACAAGCAUCCUUACAUUCUGUUUUAACCACUUGCUUCUACGUCGUUUCAACCUCUUAUUCUACAUUAACACAUCUGUGGAUGAUAUUUCUUUUUUCAAUUUGUUUUCUCAUGUUUAUUCCUUAUCACAAACUGAAAGAAUCAAAAACUCUUUCACACUCUUCUCUAGAUUCGCAAAGUAUUUUCCUGCUGGUUGGUUUGCUGCCUCAACUGCAGUGUGACAGACCACUGCUGUUGGAGGUCCCAGGUACCCACACACAACAGAGGCUGGUCCCACGGCACGGGUGUGACCACGACUCAGGCUCCCAUCCGUAGCAACUUGGGUGUCAGAUUUACUCUCAACCUUACCUUGUAUUUAAAGUAAUGUAUUUUAUUUUUAAAGAAAAUAUUUUUUUUUUUUAGUGUUUUUAAAAAACAUUUCCAAGUAUUUGUUUUAGUUAGGAAAAAAAAUAAUGCCAAAGAUAAAUUUCCCUUAUGGUAUCCGAAUUUGAAUAGUCCAAUAACAAAGAAUUUUCAUUCAGAUGCCAGUACAUUCUCAACCAAAAUAGUUGCAAUAGUGAAUAACUUGAGGUUAAUAGCGGGAAUACUGCAGCAAGUGUAGACUUGGACAGUUGCCAUGCCAAAUGACCAUUUCAAUGGGCAGAGCCAUCCACAAUUGCCACAAACUGCCAACAUGCACCCACACUAAGAAAAUGGCUGGAUCUUUGUAAAUAUAUAUAAAUAUAAAUAUAUUGUAGCAGAUUGAAUGCAGUAAAACUACACUUUAGACUGUACAUUCAGUACCAUGGUAUUGUUUCUUGAGCACCAAAGCCACUCAGCAACACUUCAAUUACUAUGCGACAGUAUUUUGUUGUGAAAGAUGACAGGAAAUGGGUAUGUAGCAUGGAAGCAGAUGGGCCUGCAUCGAUGGUGACUGUGUUCAGGCCGAACGAGACGUUACCAUGUUAACAUUUGUUUGAUUUUUUAAAAGUAUAUUGUAUCGUUAUAGCGGUGUGAGUUACCAGUGUUGGUUGUGAAGGAGCGGGAGCACGGCACGCAGUCGGUGUAACGUAGUAGCAAUACAGAGUCGCUCGCUGUGGCGUGCCGCUUGAUCACAACGCUCUGACCCAGUCUGUGCCACCCACUCAUCUUUUCUCUAACUGCCAAGCCACAAUGCUAUUGCCCAGUUUUCCUUUACUUUUGUUUAGUACUCCAUGACUAAAUAAACUAUUUUACUACGGUUAAUAAAAUAGUGACCAUCAGAUGACUUCCACUUCUAAAUUAAAUUUAAAACUACUCACACAUAGGUACCAUUAUCUGUCACUAAGCCAAAAUACAGUUGACAGAUCAGUGACACACAACAAGAACUUGGCAUGCACAAAAAAAAGAAGUGUUUGUUACCUUUAAUUCGGAAUUCAAAUGAACACAGAAAAACUGCAUUAACUGUAGUUAUGAAGCAAUGACUAACAAUACAAAUGUCACCAUUUUUACUAACUUCUCGCAUCAUACUUUCAACUAAGAAACCAACCUUUUUCUCUAACUACAGUGUGUACAGUAGAUAAUUUAUUCUUCAGGAGUGCUCUUUUCUAAACCAAAAGGAAUAAUUAAAUUUUUGUAAAACUAUGGAAAUAAAAUAGAGAAUAAUGACAGAAAAGUUAAUGAAGGUAAGAGCAGAGGGCAACCUCACCUAGUAUGAUUUUCAAGAUGUAGUUUUGGACAUACACCAUUGCUGAUUAUAUUGUAUGUCAUACGAAACCUCAAUAAUAGAUAAGAAAGAUAAAUAUGCAAACACACAGAAAACAAGCCACAAUUAGGUGAUGUCAAAAAAAUUAAAACAUAGACAAAACAGAAAAUCCUGUGGAAGAAAUUAGUCAAAAACUUAUUACAGCAGACAAAAAUGGUGGGCUGACAACGAGAGACUAACAACAAGAAUAGCAAAUAACAAAAGAACCUUGGACAACACAAUGACACUGAAUAACCCAACGAUAAUACUAAACAGAUAAUGUGGACAAAACAACACCACAGACACACACAGGUGAACCCAGCAAUGUGACAAAACAGGUAUUCUGUACACUACGACAGCACAGACGAACACAGUAGACAUCCUAAGAGAACAGUUGCCGACAUUUUGGGAACUGAGAUGUGUUCCCGUCCUCAAGCACAGACACUCUGGAAAACCCAUGGUACACGUAUUCACCUUUGACCCCCUCUCCAGGCAUGGCCAAAAGUGAGCAGUCCUCUGAUUGGCUAUGCACCUGAAAGCUGAUGUUAUUGGCUGGUGUCUUGGUGUGAGGAUACAGUAGAACCCUGUUAUAAUGUUUUUCAAGGGAGCACAAGAAAAAAACACUAUAAGCAGGAAAUCUCAAUUUAGCACUUAACAAUGUUCGAGCUUUGUACCAAUGGACUCACCAAGCUAUGUAAACAACUUUAAUGUUAAAACCAAAGAUAGUAUACUUGACACAUGAAUUUUCUGAAACCACCCAACAAUUUUUCAACUUCGUCUUGUUCCCUGGUUAAAUUUUGUUUGUCUUUAAAGAUACACUGCCACAUUUUUUGUAAAAUGUCUCACGAUUCAUGAUGACAACAUUAAGAGUGAGAACGUCUACUCCUUCGCCACCUUAAAAUGUUUAAUUUUGGGAUUCCUACGUAUGAAUGAAAAAAAAAAUUAUUUGUAAGCAAUAGAAAACACUUUUAGUUAUGCCCUCGCUCAAUGGUUGGCAACUUAAAUAUCGUAGGACUAUGUACGUGCAUCUGAAUACCCACUGGAAUGGCAAGGAAGAGAAGAGUUGACUAAGGGUGCCAACUGACACAUAACUAUAAACAUUGUGUACCUUUAGUAUAUUGCAUAAAAUUGUAUUUUAACAAACUUCAUGUAUUGUAUGGCAGUGAUUGUAAACAUAAACAUACAUAAAGAAAACUUUUUAUCGUAAGUGUUGGAAUAAUUUGGUUUUAAAACAUUUUUUCCCCAUUUAUUGAAUGUUAGAAAGCAAACAUUAUAAGCAGGAAAUUACACUAUUUAUGAACGUUAUAUGCAGGAAAUAAAUACAUUGUCCUUAUGGAGGAAAUAUUGGGAAUUUAAAAAUUUGACAUAAGCAGGAAAACAUUAUAUGCAGGAACAUUAUAAAAGGGUUCUACUGUAGUUGGUUUGUUAUUUUUAUAUGGUAACUUGGUUUCAGUUUUUAUUAAAGGAAUACAUUUUUUUUUUCAAUACCUUUUUGACUAAUAGCAUUGUUAUUGUUAACAAUAAAUUUUUUUAUUUCUUUUCUUUUUCCAUGGAAUUAUCUGUGUGACCUAUUUUUUUUAUCACCUGAUUUUUGGCUUGUUUCUUUUUUGUCUGUUAUUGAGGUUUCUCAUAACAUACAGGAUAAUCAGCAAUUGCAUAUGUCCAGAACUACAUCUUGUAUCACUCUCCUAAGAACCACUGAAAGAACUAGCCUGGUACACUUCCAUGUUUGUGCAAACAACCUUCUGGCGAGAAGCGUGAGGUUGGGAGUAUGACACACAGCACUUGAACAGAAAAGUGUGCGCGUCUCUAGGUCGCUGAGACGGCAGGAACCUCUGCAGUGCACUCUGCUCUAGAGACGAGACGUCAUACCAAAUGACCAGGUGCACAGGAACCGAAAGAACCAGACAUGGCCCGCUACAGAGCUCUUGACCGAUGGCCAGGCCACCAACGUAAGGUGCAAUGAGACACAUUCCUCCAAGGGAACAAUGAAAUGCAUAAUAAACAUAUUAGCGCCAUGCUGAAGGUUAAAAAAAAAUUGGGGAAAAAUAUCAGUGUUUACACACUGGUUUGGGCUGAGUUGAUGAGCAGAAUGUCUACGCAAGCACAUGCAAGAUGGAAAAAAAGACUAAAAGUGGGAUGAAAGCAAGUGUAAAGAUCAAAAGAAGCGCAGGAAGACUGACAGGCAACCAACAGCACUGUAAAAGAUGAUGGGAGACGACUGCUCACAGAGAGACCUGCAGGUGCCUGUCACAUGCCGCAUUUACAUUUCCAAUCAAAGCCCACUGGGCUGUGAAUGUGCAAUGAAUAAAAAUCAGUUUAAAUUAUACAGAUAUUGUUACAUUUUUACAAGCAUUUUUGUUGUUGACAUUUGAAACUCUUAGUAUACUAAAUAUUUUAAAUUUAAAUAUCACAUAUUGCCUCAUAUAUAAAUAAAAUAAAUUUUUAUAAAUAAUAUAUAAUUAACUGCUAGCGUAUUACCUUUAAAUAUGUAAAUUGGUUUAUUUAAAACUGUAAAUAAAAUAAUCUAAAUAUUAUGUUAGUAAAUUAUUACAUUAUUUAUACACAAGUUUAAACUAGAAAUAUUUAUUCUCAUGUUAAAAUGAAUAUAAAGUUUAUUGAAAAGUCUAAAUAUAUUAUCAAAAAAUAUGCAUGUUAAAAUCUUUGAUGCAGUUGAAUACAUUAGAAACGAACACUAUAAUCUGUUUGUGAAUUGGUCAAAUAAUUGCAUGUUUUAUACAAAACAUUUUACUCUUAAUAUGCUAUAAAGUUUUAGAUAAAUCAUUUUUGUAGUGAGGAAAAAAAAAAGACUGGAUUUUUAACAUGAAACAUCAUUUAAGAUAUUGCUUAAGAUUUUAUUUCAUUGUUUAGAAGGUAUUUUCUUUCAUUUAAAUUGAAAACUAUUGUUGACAUGAGUUGUAUAUUUUGCAAUACCUAAGAGAGUAACUGUUGGGAGCGACUUGUAAAUAAAUGGAAACAGUGGUCAGUAGCGCUCUCUCGGGCGACAGCACCUCAACAGCAUGGUGAUCAUGCGCUAACUUCAGUUCCUAAAACACAGGUCAGUUGCCUCUCGCAGGGGAGACCACAAGUGUGCACCCGGCUGGGAGUUUCACAAACUUCAAACAAAUUAACUUUAAAAAUAUUAAAUUUACACAAAAGUUCACUUCACAAAAUUCUCCAACAAAACCAGAUGUUAAGAAAACAAAUUUAAUAUACAAAACUAAAUGGGGAAGAGAGAAACUAAUUUGGCUACAAUAAAAAAUAGUUAAUUUUAAUUGCUCUAUGCAAAAUAAAUGCUUACAGUUUAGAAAUGUUUUUACGAGCUCGUAACUACAAACACGCUUAAAACACAAAGCUGAGUAUUUACUAAAAAGGUUGGAGCAUCGCAACACAAAUGUUUAUGGCCAUUAUCUUGAAUGUUUGACUCAUAACCCAAGUGCUAGAAAGAAUAUUAAGAAUCAUAAAGUUCCAUUUUCAAAAAAAAAAUCUCAGUUUCAAGUUAAACGUCUGUAUUACUAUUUUAUCUCCCACUUGCGGGCAAGAAAUUUUUUAAAAUGUUGUGCCUAACUAAUUACACAGUUUUAAAACUGACUAUGGAUCAGCUCAAAUAAACAAAACCCAGAAGGCUUGCAUUAAGACAUAACUCAGUGAAAUAAUUUACAAACGAAAGUUCUACGACUAACUCCUGGGGCAUACACAGACAUAAAGUUUUAGGCUGUUGUUACUUAGUUGGAAAAAUUUAACUAGCGCUUAAGUAACCUAAGACAAUUAGGCCACAUAUGUUGGAGGUAGCUGGCAAAUCCUCUAAAGUGGUUGGUAACUUCACAGCGCCAUAGUCCGCGAUCACUAAGCUCACGAGUCCCGAACGAAAUUUCCAACGUCACAGUCCACCACACAGCGGUCUCCCACUCCGACAGCCACAAACCGAUUGCCGCGGUGCACCUUGUCGUUCCGAUCAGCUGGUCUCUCGUGUCGUCACGCGCGCUUGCGCCCAGCAGUGCCAGUUCCGGGAAUCACAACCACACAAAGGCCAGUUUUGCAUGCCAUCUUGGUAACGUCCCUAUGACUGCGCGUUAAACUCUCAGCUAAUAAAAAAAAGGAAAUAAAUAGUAUGACUGAAGCCAAUUAAAAGAAUUUAAACAUUUAAAAACUAAUUACAUUAAAAUUUAAACAAUAGAAUAUAUUAAGGUAAUUCAAAAGGAUAUUAACCGUAAUUAAAAUUAUUUAUAAAAUUUACAUUUUAAAACCAUUAAAAUCAUUACAUAAUCAUUUAUGACAUGAACUCAAAAACUCACUAGCACCUGAUAAUGCAUGCCAGUGCACACUCCCACAUUAACUUCAUAAUUUACAGAAACAAUGGUAACCACAGACACGUGGUAACUGUUACUUGCCCGAGUCUGGGAUGACACUGACUCUUCAGCAACUGGAACCCUACGAGAAGCUGUUGGCUGGGACAGACUGAAGGUGGCGAGGAGGCAGGUAACGCUGGAGCAUCUUGCGCCACGAGGGCAGUACUACGCGGCAGAGACGGCGUAGUGGGUCCGGGCCCCGCGCACACCCCGGGUAGAGCGUCACCUCAGUCGAGCGGCACCCCACAGCAACGACUGCUUUGUUACCUAACUCUAAUGAUGAAUACUGUAGAAGUAGGUGCGGGAGAGACGAAUAUCAGCAAACUGUUUGAUAUAUAUAUAUAUGAUCAAAAUUUCUCUCUGCAGAAUUAUCUGCGUAAUUUUUGCUCAAUCACCCCCUCCGCAUUUCCCGCCCCUUCUAGUCCCCGGCGUGCAGAGGGCACGGCCUGUAAGCAAUACCACCCACUCGCCUCGAGCACGACUCCAUCGCGGGCACGCCACGGAGUGCGGCCCGCGGCACUUCACUCUCUCUGUGCUUGUGGGACACUUGUUCAUGGACGUCAAACCUGGCGAUAUCAAACAAACAAAAACUAUUAAGUUUAACCUUUUUAGUGUAUUGAAAUCACAAAAAAAUUUAUUGCAACACGUUUAUUGAAAAUAAGAUACAUUUACGCAUGUAAACUUGAUUCCUUAGAUGUCAGUGAUGGUGUGAGGGCGGGAUGCGAAACCUGUUUGUAACCAAUUGGAAGCGACUGUUGGAGCGGCCACUACUGUAUGUUAAGAGACUCUGUAAAUCCUGUGUAACUUAUGUAUAUUUUGUGGGACAACCAGAGCCGAUAGCUUUGCUCACUAACUGAAUAUUCUAAAGAAACAAGAAAAUGUGAAGACGUUAAAUAGAUGACAAGUAUCUUAAUAUAAAAUAUUUGUUUGUGUUUUUAUUUCAAUAAAAUCUUAAAAACAAA